AUGGAGGACAACGUGCAGAACCACUACAAAAUCAUGUUCUUUCUGCAGUCCUUCUCCAUCUUCUACGCGGUCCCCACCCUGGUCUUUGUGCUCGUGCGAAAUCUAGUGCACUGCGAUCAUGAUUACGUGGACGGCGCGGUACAAAUACAUAGAAGUGCUUUUACGCGGUUUUGUUUUCUGCAAAAAGAGAGAAUUUUCGCGUAAAGUCGACUACAAAGUAGAUUUAGGCUUGGAGCGCCGCUUCUUGAUCUGCUAGUGUAUUAAUCUAUGGAUAAUGUGUAGUGCGAAGCUCUUCGCGAACGGUAUAUUGCAGGCGUCUUAAUAGCAUUUUCUCUGGAUGAGGAUGUGAAAUAGAUAACUGUCCGCAAAUGAGCAGAGCGUAAACCUGCGAGCGAGGAACACGAAAAAUACCUCCCACAUGAAACAAUUACACCAGAUUCCGAAGUUCUUCUGGCAUGCCAUCGUGGAAUACGGUUUUUUCUGUAUCCUGAGUAAAAACGUCCCCACCCCAGAGUUGUGAUGCAGAUCUGCAAGCACAAGAGCGUUUGUGAUGCGCGAUCCCAUGAGGGGCAUUAUCAAUCGUGUUUUGGAACUUGUAAUGCUGUAAACAGCAUAAGGAGAUUGAUUUGUUAUGCGGCUUCCCUUGCUAAACUGCACUACACUACAGCCUGCAAUUUGUCAUGCGUGACCCCCAAAAGUUCUAGGUUUGUGUUGCAAAAUCCCCAUCUUGUUUCUGGUGUGGGGAUGUUUUUACUCAGGAUAUUCUGGUGGUACGCGCCGGUGAUGGCGGUGCAGGGGUUGGUCAUCGCGUUUUAUCCCCCGGAGAUGCUGACCUCCAGGCAGUAUCCUGAGUAAAAACGUCCCCACACCAGAGUUGUAAUGCAGAUUUGCAAAGACAGGAAGACUUGUAAUGCGCAUCCCCAUGAGGGCCAUUUUCAAUCGUGCUUUGGAAUUUGUGAUGCUGUGAACAGGAUGAGCAGAUGGAUUUCUGAUGCAGCUGUCCUUGCGAACCUGCACUACACUACGGACUGCAACUUGUGGUGCGUGACCCCCAAAAGUUCUAGGUUUGUGUUGCAAAAUCCCCAUCCUGACCCUGGUGUGGGGAUGUUUUUACUCAGGAUAGGCAGCAGCGCGUCAUUAUUGGGUCUACAGUGUUCCUAGUAAUCGUCUUCGGCACCUACGCGGUGCUGCACCGAACGACCAACUCCGAUCCGUCGAACAAGAUCACGAUGGUACGUGUGCUGGCCGGGCUCGCCGUCGUUGUGGGCCAGUACCUCGGCAUGUGGCACCAGUUGCGACGAACGCUCGCGCGCGAAAACGCCACCGAAUACACCCCGCGACAAAAGAGCCUGCUGUGGUGGAGCUUGAAAUUCGGAUUAGUCUUCUUCGCCGGGUUUUACGGGGCCCUGAUCUUCGCCGACCGGCUUUUUCCGACGGCGGUGCUCAUCAUGAGAGAAAAAACUGAGGGCAAGGGCACCGGGGGGUUGGUGAUGCAAAGUACUGUUCUCUUCGGCGUGUAGGAAUAGUUUUUCGUUCUUUAUUAAAGAAUUGUCUUUCUCAACACUCACGGUUUUUUUUUUGCGGUUCUUAGAAUAAAUGGCAACCAAGCUCACGGUCGUAGCAAGCAGUGUGGUUAAGUACCAAUAUCGUCCGCCGGGCGCGACAUGCAAACAUAGCAUUUAUUUUGCACAACUUACCACGCCACUCCAGGUGCCUUUGAGAUGUUUCUCGCGACGUUCUUUUUUUCCCUCUUCCUCCCUUUCUGGAGCAAGCGUGUGAGUCGGGUUGCGUCGGACAUCUUGUCCCUGUACCACGAGGGCGGGGAGCGCAACACCGUGAUAUACGAGCGCAUGCAGUUCACGAUCAACUUUUUGCUGGACAUCACCAGGUUUGUGUACGGGCGCGGCGUGCUCUUUUCCGUCUCCCGGAUCGAGGUCUUUUUCCUGCUGAUCACCAAAGACAUCGUCUACCAGUUCUGGCACUUCGGAUUCAAGUAAUUACGCAACUUUGAUAUAAUAUGAAUAUCUUGUUUAACGCUGCUGGUCGGAAGAACUUCUCGAACAGCAACUGAACACCAUUUUUCGAUGCAGCACAGCGCGCAACGAGCAUCUACAUCGUUGAAUACCACAGGUACAGUAUCCUGAGGAAAAACGUACCCACAUCAGAGUCAGGAUGGGGAUUUUGUAACACAAACCUAGGAGUUUUAGGAGUCACGCAUGACAAGUUUCAGUCCGUAAGGUAGUGCAAGUUAGCAAGGAAAGCCGCAUCACAAAUCGACGUUCUGAUCCUGUUCACAGCAUCACAAAUUCCAAAACACGAUUGGAGAUGGCUCUCAUGGGGAUGCGCGUUACAAGUCUUCCUGUCUUUGCAAAUCUGCAUUACAACUCUGGCGUGGGUACGUUUUUACUCAGGAUAUACAGCGAGCUCUACAUGGUUUUCGUUUUGAAGCUGUCCGACCCCAACGCGGUGCAGGGGCUCCCCCCAGCUUACCAGGUGAUCGCGCGGUACUACAAGACCUACAACCGCGUGGCCAAGAUGACGGAGGACUUUGUGCGGUUUAUGGGGAUCCCCAAGUCUCUCGCCGUUUGUUGGGAGGAAACGGUUGAUUACAACGACCACCUGGGCGUCGGCGAACGCCCGGAAACCACGCCCAUGAAGAUUCGGGUGGUGUUUAACAACUACGGCAUCACGGUGGUAAACCUGCCCGCAAAGCUCAAAAACCUCUUCAAAUCGGCAGCGGAAAAGAGAAAGGAAAAAGACGCACAAAGUAUUUUCAAUUUUGGUGAAGCAAUGUUGCAACUUGUGCGUCCCGCAGUAGAUACCAUGUCACAAUGAAUAAGAAGCUUGCCGCUUUAUUAAUUUUUUUUCACACGGCAGGUUGCGGCGCUGGCGAGGGCAUGUUUUCGCGGUUUGCGAGCCGCAUUGGCAACUUGUUUCACAAGGAAGCGGACGACGAGGCGGCGACGGGCAGUAUGCAGCUGGGGAGUCAGGGGCUGCGCGGCGGGCGCGGCGGCAACCAUUACGAGAGCAGUAGCGGCCAAGUGCAGCAGCUCCCCGCCGGUCUCCCCGGCCUGGGCGGCGGCGCCGCAGGACCGUCCUCGUCCAGUGGCGCGCAGCCACCCGCGAAGCCCGCCGGGCGCGCGAGGCGAGCAAGUCUGUCCGUGGACCUAGGAGACAUGGACGACGACUGGAAAAAGCCAAAGCCGCAGCUGACCAACACGUCGAGUGACAGUGGCAAUUCCCACAGCAACAAUACCGCGGCGGGCACAAUAGUGCAACCCAGUUCCACCUCCACCUCCCCGACAGCAAACAACAAUCGGCGAAACAGCCAGUCCCGCCGUGGGUCGGAGCGGCGGACGUCGCUCGGCCACGAGUUGGAGCUGAACGAGGAGGACUUGGAUGAGAGCGCCAAAAACCCAGCAGUGAAGGAGCGACAAGCGAACUCGCUCGGUUUGAACGCGGCGCAGCACCAGUUGCUCCUGCAAAAGGGGUACGCGGUGUUCCGGGACGUGAUUCCCAUCUCCAAGGAGGAGCAGGAACUGCUCGCCUCCGUGGUCGGCGCCUACCAGUGGUACGUGUUUCUCCGCUACCAGUCCCGCGCGGGGUGCAAGUUUUUCACCUCCUUCCUCUUCCUGUUCGCGCCCCUGCUGGCCACCGCCGUCCCGACGGACGGCGACAAGCUGCCGGGCUUCAAGGGCCUGGACGACUACCGCUACUUCGUCGCCGGGCUCACCUUUCUGAUCGUCGACAUCCUGGAGUGGUUGUUCGUCACUUUUUUGUUCCAGUUUCCAAAUACAAAAGACAUCCACAGCAAGGUGGACUACUACCGGCAGCUACUCUCCAAGGACCGCAUGACGCUCUUUUUGCUGUUCACCUUCUCCUGGGUGGCGGGGGUGUUUAUGUUCAACGUCUCCUGGAACCCGUUUAACGCGAAGAAGCUGGCGAAGAAGCUCUACGACAUCGGGAUGGGUAACCAGGCGGUGGUGCCUGUGCAGAGCAGCUACAGCGCCGCGGAGUGGGCCAAUUUGAAACUCUGCACGGGGAUGUACGAGGACAGUGUGGGGUCCGUCGACUCCAGCAUGUGGCGCGCCGAAAACGAGGCCAAUUUCAUCAUCACCCCGCCCGGCGUGGUGGACCAGUACUGUGCCGGGGCGUUUCUCUACCCAAGGGAAGACACGCAGAAACUCGGAACCUUCUUCUACGGCUUCGUGUUUGACCACUGCAACUAGAGAGACCAUUGUGUAAGUGGUGAUGUGCGUGAUGGAAAGGAAGCGCUGCGCACAUCAGUGGUCCGUGUGCUUGUGCAGCGUACAUUUUAUUCUCCUAGCAGAUUUCUUUUUUGAAGUUUCAAAACAAAUAUGUGCUGCAGCUUCGGGUAGCACCAGCAGGUUUAGAUCGUUGCCAGUUUUUGAACCUUGUAGGAUUGUUGAGGAAAAAGUAAAAGCCCGGAAAAGUAAUGAACGUGUAAAAAAUUAUCAGAGAUUGAGAAUGAGAUAGUGAAAAAUAAAACCUGUUUCAUGAAGUGAAGUGAUUCAUAGAGGGCGGGUAAGCCUCCUACCAUAGCUGCAUGGGGUACGAUACGGUUUCUCUUUUUCCGGUUUCAGUUUCUGCAGUGCUUGAAAAAUUAUUUGCUUUUACAUACUUACGCACAAUCUGGCGCGCUAUCGCUACUGAAAGGCAUCGGAGGAAAACCGAUGGAAUUAUAGCUGGCUCUACAAUCUUGAUCUUCAGUCGUGCAAGUGAGGACUUGACAGGUUUCCGAACUUUGAUUUAUUUUGGGGGCAGCAUUAGCAGACUGCCAGGCUUGUCUUUGUCAGUUGUUGAAAAAGUAUGUUGGAGAGGAAAAAAACAGCAGGCAUGGAG